AGUUGUCAUGAAGAAAUGCAGUUCAUCGGGGCGGGAGGAAGCUGUGGGUGCCACGGUGCGGUGUAAUGAGCUGACAGUGAAGCCAGGCUCUAUCGAAGGAGCAGUGGAUGUGCCCCUACCUCAACCUGACACAUUCCCAAAGGACUUGGACCACAGAGAUGUGGCCAUGUCUUUAAACAGCUGCACAGACAAGCAAGACUCGAUUAAAGAAUCUCAUGCCAGCUUGGAGGAGCUGCGGCCUUCCUCUGAGUCUACCCCAUUCGUCCCUUUUUUUGGAGAUGGACAGCGUCUGGGGGACUCUUCUGUAGCUGAACCAUCUCUUGGGUUAGAGAUGCCAUCAUCAAAGCUGCCAACAACUUUUUCCAGCCCUGGAGGCCCUUCUAAGCCAAAGAAGUCUAAGAACAGCCAAGAACUGCAAAAGGAUCAAGAACAGCUCGUAGAACGAGAGCCACUUGUAUGUCACCUAGACCUACUAGAACCACUUUCUGCUGGGCCAGAAGAGCUUCCUGAUGAAUUUUUUGAAGUCACAGUGGAUGAUGUACGGAAACGUUUGGCACAGCUGCAGAGUGAGAGGAAACGCCUGGAAGAAGCUCCGCUGAUGACAAAAUCUUUGAGAGAGGCUCAGCUGAAGGAAAAGUUAGAGCGUUAUCCAAAGGUGGCGUUGAGAGUCCAUUUUCCAGACCGUCAUGUUCUACAGGGAUUCUUCCGUCCUAGUGAAACUGUUGGCAUUUUGAGAGACUUUGUAAGAAGCCACCUUGCAGAUGCAGACUUACCAUUUUACUUGUUUAUUGCACCUCCCAGAAUCAUCUUGAACGAUGAAAGUUUGACACUCUUUGAGGCUAAACUCUUUCCAACUGCUGUCAUUCGUUUUGGGUCUGAGGAGUGUAGAGAUUGUUACCUGAAAUCGGACCUGUUGAGCUCUGCGGUUUCCCCUUCUGCAGCUGAUUUAUUGGUAGCCAGGUGUUUGUCCAAAUCAUUAGUUCCUUCUGCCUCAUCGUCUUUAGAAUCAACAGUUCCAUCCGUAUCUAAACCAGAAGUGGGAAGUGACAAAAAGACUGAUGAGCAGCCAGAACCAGCAAGCAAGUGUGAAGCUCCACAGGUGUUGAGAAGGGCCCCUGGGAAAAUACCCAAAUGGCUGAAGCUGCCAG